AUGCGGCUUGUGCUUUUGUUAGUCAGUCACGCGGCGCUGGCAGUAACUCCAGCGGAUCAGCUGCAACCCGGCCAACAGCAGUUUGCUCCACUCAUUACGCAGCAGCCAGUACUACCAAAUAAUCAGGUAUUGUAUGGUGUCGUUGCUCCUUGUACCUUUGCAGUGCCCAUCUCCGCACAACCAGCAGCUGCAGCAUAUGGUUGCUUGAUGGAUAUUGUGCCUCCACCGUCGUUUGACAAUGAUCAGCUUAUGGCAAGGGCGUAUGUCGAACAAAUGAUUAACGAUGGCACUGCCGACGCAUACGCUACGGACAAACAAGGCUCACGAUUCCUGCAAAAAGUUUUUACCGAAGGAGAUGUGCGUGUCCAGCAAAAACUUUUGGACUAUUUUCUGCAAAAAGAUAUAUUCGCUCGGUUGUGUGACGAUAUAUUUGCCAAUUACUUGCUACAGUGUUUGAUGGAAAAAGCGGCAAUUCAUGAAGAGGUGGCGAUUUGCUCGAUACUUAUGGAAAAUGUUGUGGAGCACAGUUGCGGUCGUUACUCAUGCCGCAUAGUGCAGAAAGUUUUCACCUCCUUCCAUCUUAACGCACGCAUGGCACUGUUGUCAGCUCUGAAAGGGGCCGAGAAGUGUCUCUCGCUGGAUCAGUACGGGAUCCAUGUUAUUCAGAUUGCAACAGCGCAGUCACCCAAUUCAGCGGUCUCUCUGCAAGGAGUAAUCAUGCAAAAACGCACAAUAACACCCGAAAAAUUCAUGCUCGCCGCUACUGAUUUUUUCUUUGUAUUUUUCUUUUUUGAUUUAAUGUAA